CGGUCUCUCACGACGUCGCUCAAGUUCAUUGUGGGAAGCCAUUACCCUUGUCCGCGUUAAAGCAUCGUGCCAUAUUCCUACACGCGUCUGAAAAAGUAACAACAUCCUCGUAGUUUUAAGUCAAAUAUUAUGAGAGUUAAAGCCGAAAUGGACGACGACGAAAAGGGAAAAUUGUUUGUUGGUGGUUUGUCAUGGGAAACAACGCAAGAAAAUCUUCAGCGUUAUUUUAGCCGCUAUGGCGAAGUUAUUGACUGCGUGGUAAUGAAGAACAGCGACACUGGUCGCAGUCGUGGCUUUGGUUUUGUAACAUUCAGUGAUCCUGCUAAUGUUGCUCUUGUUCUUCAAAAUGGACCUCAUCAACUGGAUGGUCGCACUAUUGAUCCAAAGCCCUGUAAUCCACGUACACUUCAAAAACCAAAACGUAGUGGCGGCUUCCCCAAAGUUUUCUUAGGCGGCUUACCAAGUAAUGUUACUGAAACUGAUCUUCGACAAUUCUUUUCACGUUUUGGAAAAGUCAUGGAAGUUGUCAUCAUGUAUGAUCAAGAGAAAAAAAAAUCAAGAGGAUUCGGCUUUCUCAGCUUUGAGGACGAUGACGCUGUGGACCGAUGUGUUGGUGAACAUUUUGUCAACUUGAAUGGAAAACAGGUUGAGAUAAAACGCGCGGAGCCUCGUGAUUCUUCUAAUAAGAUGAACGACAGCCAUCAAGGUCAAUGGGGGCAUCAUCAACAAGGUGGACCUCCAAUGGGCAUGGCUGGAAAUAUGGGCCCUAUGGGAGGACCAAACGGUCAGAUGGGUGGACCAAUGAUCGGUGGCCCAAUGGGCCCACCAGGAAACAUGAUGCAGCAGUAUCAAGGCUGGGGUACUAGUCCUCAAACUAGUGGUUAUGCUGGUUACAGUACUCAAUACAAUACUCAAGGAUGGGGUGCACCACCAGGACCUCCACAACAACAACAGAUUCCUCCACCACCACCACAUCAGUGGGGUAGUAGUUACAAUGUUCAACCUGCGGCUGCCACUCAAGGUUAUGGAAGCUACGGUGGGCCGGCUGCGGCCGCUUCAGGGGGUUAUGGGCCCACGGCGGGCACUGGUGGGGCUGCAGGUGGAGGUCCCGGAGGUUCCUGGAACUCUUGGAAUAUGGCACAAAAUGGGCCUCCUCCUGGGACUCAACCACCACCUCAGCCCCCUCAGCCCAAUUCCUCGCAGCCUAACUCCAACUCGAACCCCUCUGGCCCGCAGGGUGAUAUGUAUUCGAGGCAAACAACAGGAUCUGGUGCACCAGGAUCAAGUAGCAGCUCCACUAAGACUCCUGAUUACAGUGGAUACACUGGGUACACUGGUAGUUUUGCUGAUACGAGUUAUCCACAACGUUCUUAUCAGGGUGGCGAGAGCAACCAAGGUGGGUAUGCCGCCAGUGCUCCUAAACCCGGUCAACAAGGCUUUGAUUAUAAUAAAGAGUGGCCCGCCUCAUGACCAUUUUAAUUCAUUCGCGAUGUAGAGAGUAAUGCGUUUAACACAUUGCAUUUCGUUUGUAACUUGAAAGUUUUGGGAUUUUUUUUCUCGGUAAAAUAACUUAUUGAUCACGUUAAAAUUUACCCUUAUUGACAUUGAAACCAGAUGAAUUCAUUUUUAUUAAAAGAAAGAAAAAAAAACACAAAAUUCUAAUAUAAAUAAUAAUGGGAAUCACAGAAGAGGAAAUAAAUGAGUAGUAGACGUCUCAUGGUGCUGAACAUCUGUAGGUGAUGCUGGGAAUUAAAAUAUGUGGGAUUUAAUUAAAUAAGCGAUAAUUUUAAGCGGUAAAUAAAAAUCAGGUGUUAACAGAAAAAUAAAAAAAAUAACAAGUGAGCGUAAAGAAUAAUAAUCAUAAUAAA